GAUAAAGAACAAUUAGGCCUAUUAUCACUAUCAUACGCGUUCCCUAACAACUCUCAAAUAUAAACAACCUUAAAUCCACGACUCAAUCUAAACCUCGGAUACCCAACGGUCACAUGCCUUCAAAAACUACAAGCAACCGUGACAGCAUUUAAACCAAAACGCAAGUCCUCUCCCUACUUAUCCCGCGCCCUCCUCUCCUACUGCUCACUCUCACCCUCUACUAAACAUACUCUCUCUUCUCCAAAGUCGAAAAUAUGGACAACAUGAGAAAACCUCCUCCUAUGAGGCCGUGGAAGAAGGGCCCUGCCCGCGGCAAGGGGGGCCCGCAGAACGCCACGUGCGAGUACCGCGGCGUCCGCCAGCGCACCUGGGGGAAAUGGUACCUCAACCUCCCCCAUCUCAUCUCCUCCUCCUCCUCGUCGGCCGCCAUCAAGGCGAGCCACAGAUUCAAGUGGCGAAGCAACUUCACAUCGAUCCUCAAUCUCAAUGCGCAGCAUAAUGUGCAUGUUAUACAUCAGAGGUUACAAGAGAUCAAGAACUCAUCCAAAACUGCUUCCUCUUCUAAGUCUAGUUCUGAUCCUAUCGAGAAGCCUCAGAUUGACUUAAAGGAGUUUUUGCAGCAACUGGGGGUGCUGAAAGAGGACAGGACCGAGGAGAAUGCGCAGGGAUUUAUACCUGAGUUGCAAACUGAUCAGAAUGAUCAGAAACAGGAGAGCAGUGUGGUGACUGAACAGGGGAUGGUGUUUGAUGAGAAUGAUGGGUUUAAUUGGGAUACUCUGGAAGAGAUGCGUGCGUUGGAGGAUUGCUCGGCUGUCGUAGGUGGAAAUGGUGGCAGUUUGGAGGUUGACGAUGAUGAGCUCAGCUUGCCUGUUUCAUUAUGGGAUCUGUAAUGCUUAUGGAUUCAGAUAUUCUUUGCUGCAAUUAGGGAAAAAAACACUUAAAUUAGUACUUUCGAGCUAGACUCUUUGUUUUCCUCUUUCAGCCAGUAAGUUUAAGGUGAAAGAUGUAUGAGCCCUUAUUGCAAAAUAUACAUGUUUAAGUACCUGCUCUUUCAGUUGACAGGUUGAAAUUUAUCAAAUAACUUAGCUUUUUCACCUUUUUUUUCGCCUAAUCAGUAGUUUUGUAGUGAAAGAUGGGUGGGAUUUUAUUAGCGACUGUAUGGAUGAGACCCGAGGAUAACUUAGUUGUGCAUCCUCCUU